AUGUCAAAAGGUUUAUGCUUGUACUCCUUUGAGACGUUAUAUUCACAAUUGAACAAUCGUCAACCUGUCAGUUUCAAAAACAUCUUAUCUUCCGUUAAAGAAUCAAUUGAAGAUUUCCCACAAAAAGCUCCGUUAUUCGUUACAUGGGACAAAGAUCAUGAUUUAAGGGGUUGUAUAGGAACAUUUCAAGAACAACCCAUUGAAUCGGGGGUCAAAAGGUUUGCCCUAACUGCUGCCUUACAAGAUCAUAGAUUUCUGCCCAUUAAAGCUAGUGAAUUACCCAAUUUAUCUUGUGAUGUCACGUUAUUGGACAAUUUCCAACCAAUCACUGAUCCGAUGGAUUGGGAAAUUGGUAAGCAUGGAUUGAGGUUAAACUUCGAAAUCAAUGGAAGUUAUUACUCAGGAACCUUCUUACCUGUGGUGGCAGCCGAACAACAAUGGGAUAAAUUGACGACCUUAUGGCAUUUGAUCCGAAAAUCAGACUACAGUGUUUCUAAAUCUCAAACUGUCCAAUUUUAUGAGUCUGGACUUGCUAACGGGACUCUUCAAUUAGAGACCUAUGAGGGUUUGAAAUAUAGUAUUGACUACGAAGAGUUUGCAGCGUGGAAAGAUGGCUCAUAG